AUGUCUGAGAAGACCGAGGCCAUACUUGGACUGCGAGAUGUAUAUCUGGCACGAUGGAAAGAGUUGAAUCCUGGCGCACGACUUGGAGAAGACUCACCCCUUGUGAUGGCUGGUGAAUGGAUAGGCGAGAAGAUCCAAAAAGACGUCGCCAUCGCACAACUAUCACGUCGCUUCGUCAUCGUGUCGGUCAACAUCAAUGGUACAUGGCAAAAAGACGAAGAAUACAGUGAUAUCUGCUUGCCGGACUACGAUAUCUACAACGCCUCUAGAGCCGGCUCCUUCCACACGACACUCUACCCUGACGACUACGAACGCACAGUAUCAGAAGUCGAACGCAUGACCGAAGGAGUUGCCGCUCAUUGCCCUUUCGCGGCAACUUUUGGUAUUUCCGGCUUGGGUGAGGGCAUCGUCUGGAAACCCGUCGCUCCUCAAUACAACGCCGACACGUCUCUCUGGUUCAAAAGCAAAGGAGGAAAGUUCAAACCUACAUUCUUCCGCGUUCCAAAACAACACGAAGGUGCCGAUAUCAUCAAAGAGCGACGCAAAGCAGCCGCAACGGUAGCAGCUGCGUGGUGUUCACAGCAGCGGUUAGAUCAAGGCUGGGAUGUGUUGCGCGAGAAAGGUGUUGAGCGGGAUGUGCGGGCAUUGGGUGACUUUUUGAAGUGGAUGCAAUAUGAUAUUUUGGAGGAAGAGAAGGGACAUAUCAAAGAGCAUGGUGUGGAUGAGGCGGCGUUGAAAAUUGAGAUUGCUAAGAUUGCUAAGCCGUGGUAUAGGGCAAAACUUAGGGAGUGCGACGCCAGGUGA